UGUGUUGUUUAUUGUGCGAUAAAAAACGAAAGAAAAUCCACAAAAGUUUAAUUAGAAAAUUAAAACCGUUUGAAAUUUACCUUAAAUGUAUAUAUAACAACUAAAACAUGGUGAAUGUUAUGAAAGGAGUGCUUGUUGAAUGCGAUCCGGCUAUGAAACAAUUUUUAUUACACUUGGAUGAAACAUCAGCUUUGGGACGUAAAUUUAUCAUACAAGAUUUGGAUGAAAGUCAUCUAUUUAUAUCAACAGAAAUCGUCGAGACUUUACAAGCCCGUGUCGAUGAGUUAAUGGAUCGUAUUAGUUUUCCUCUACACGAAAGAGAAGCUUAA